UCUUCCAGAAAAUAACAAUUCAUCUUCGCUUUUUCCCUUUUUUCCCCUGUCCUGGUGGAUUAAUCAUAGAUACAGUACUCAUUAAGAAGUAUAUACUAGCAAUUUAUGUACAAGAGAAGAGGAGAGCACUUAAUCUUCUGUGUGAAAAUUAUCAGAGCUGUUUCAUCUCUUAAUUGAAUUCCCAUUUAUUCCCUGAUCGAUCUUCCUUAGAUGGCCUCCAGUAGUAUUCCUUGUAUCCGCUCCGCCAUAGAUGAUCUGCGGUUCCUGAGGAACAUUUGUGAAGUUUGGGAGCGUCAUUUUUUGCACGCCCCAAUAGGGGGCCUAGCAUUUCUGAGAACAUUUCUUCUGUGCGCAAGAAAGUGUAGUAAUCAUGUUGAUGCAAAUCUAGCAGCUCUGCUAGUUAGGAUUGAAGAUGUCAUAUCCAGAAGGGCACAGGAGAUUCACUCCUUUCGUCUCGCUACUUUGGAAGGUGACGGAUUUCCAAAUGACGUUGUGCGUACUGCCUAUCAUUUAGGAAAAGAAAUCAGAUCUUUCAAUCAAGAAAUAAACCAUUGGUACGUUGUUUUCUCAGAUUGCUAGUCAGGGCAGUCUACUGAUUCCCUUGUCAAUAAAGAUGACCUUAUGGAACUCAUGGACUCUCUUCUGGAGAAUCUGGUGGAUUUCAGUUACUGGCAAAAUGCUUCAGAUCUGGAAGUAGUAGAACACAUCGGAGCCUUUAGAGGGAAGCUUACAUUCUUGAAAAACUUUCUGCAUUUUAUCACUCCGCAUGAAGUUGAAGAUGGGCAAUUGGAACUGUUAUUGACUCAUACUGAAGCUGUGGCUGUUAAUGUAGCAAGACAUAUUUUUAUGUGCGGGUCUAUCCAGUGUAAAGAAAAGCUGAUGCAAAUCAAGAAUGGAGACUCUUGCAAACUGAUGCAGAAUAUUGUCCCCGUAGAGACUUGCAAGGCCCUGAUUGCUUCUAAUUUAUCAAGCCACUCACACAGGGAAAUAGAUGAGCAGAUGUUGAAGGACUUCGUGGAUAUGCUCUUAUCUAAUCUAUGGGACAUAUUAAAGUCUGGUACUUGUCUUAUGAUUCAUCUAAGAGAUCAACUGCAAAAGCUUUAUGAGGGACUAAGAUCCUUGAGAAACAUUCUCAAGGAGAAGCCAAAGAAAUUUGAUGAAAAAAUGAGAGAUCUUACUGGACUUGUGGUCCAUGAUGCAGGACUGGCUAUUUUCUCUCUUUCUCUCAACGCAAGGAAUGACGAAUUGGUGAAGGAAAUGCAUCUUGUAUCUUCUGAUUUGCUAGAAAACUUUAAGGUUAUCCAGGCAACAGUUGCAGAGGAAUUCCCAAAAAGAUCAUCCUUCAAAUUUCCUAGGACCAAUGAAUUGGGAUUUAUCGAUUUUCUUCUGAAAUACAUGAUGGAUUUGACAAGUCCGGAGGCAAGUUCAGUUGCUUUCGUAAGCUAUCCAAUUCAAACAAUCCAGGAAGAACUUGUUUUCUUGCGCUCUUUUCUGCAAAAAAUUGUGGAGUUGCGCAAUGAAAAUGAGGAGCUUCAAUCACUUUGGGAUCGUGUUGUACAGGUAGCAUAUAGGGUGGAAUUUCUUAUCGACUCCUUACUGGUUGGAUAUAUUCUGGACUCUUCCUCAAUGUCCUUUGAUUCCGUUGUGGAAGAAAUUAAGAUCAUCAAAGCUCAAGCCUUGAAUUUUCAUAGCAAAAUGCUUGAUCUCAAAGUUGAGGGAGUUACCAAGAGAAUCGAUCACAUGCCAUCACAGGGAAGUAAGCCAAUGAUCAACGACGUCGUGGUGGGAUUCAAGGAUGAGGCAACAUCGAUAAUCAAUCGCCUCACAAGAGGAUCACGCCAGGUGCAAAUAGUUCCCAUUGUAGGUAUGCCGGGACUUGGUAAGACAACUUUAGCUAAAAAAAUUUACUAUGAUGCUUCAGUCAUGCACCAUUUUCAUACGCGCGCUUGGUGUACCGUUUCUCAAGUUUAUCACAAGAAAAAUCUGUUGCUUGAAAUUUUGACUUGUAUUAAUUCCAAGCUUUCCGAAAAAUUUUUUGAGAUGAGUGAAGAAGAUUUGGCUCAUCAAGUCAAAAGACGUUUGCUAAGGAACAAAUAUCUUAUUGUUUUGGAUGAUGUAUGGGACAGUGAAGUAUGGAAAGGAUUGGAAGCGUCAUUCCCUGAUGAUGGAAAUGGAAGUAGAGUUAUCUUGACAAGUCGACUCCGUGAUAUUGCUCCUCAAGAUAAACUCGACCAAGAGCCUCAUUCUCUUCGUCAACUCACUCAUGAUGAGAGCUGGGAUCUGCUACAAGAAAAGUUUUGUCCUGGAAAAGAUUCGCUUCCUCCAGAAUUAUGUGAACUCCGGACCCAGAUUGUGGAAAUGUGUCAAGGAUUACCUCUGACUAUUGUCAUUCUUGCUGGAAUUCUAGCAAACAUGGAGCAAUCUGGCUGGAAGGAGGUUGUGCAAAGUUUAAGUUCAAGCAAUAUUUCUAGUACAGAACAAUGCACUGCUGCAUUGGAGUUGAGUUACAGACAUUUACCAGACAAUUUGAAGCCAUGUUUCCUUUAUUUUGGAGGAUUUCCAGAAGACCAUGAACACACUAUCGAGAGGUUGAUUUGGUUAUGGGUGGCCGAAGGAUUUGUGGAAACAACUCAUUCAAAGAGCGCAGAGGAUGUGGCAAAUGAUUUUAUGAUGAAUCUCAUAGGCAGGAGCUUAGUCAUGGUAUCUAAACAAAGAUCCACUGGGGGAGUGAGAGCUUGUCGGAUUCAUGAUUUGUUACAUGAGUUAUGUGUGAAAAAAGCCAAAGAAGAAAAGUUUCUGCAGUUGGUACGUGGGUAUGAUGAACUUUAUGCUUUCAAUGUGCCACACCACCUACGCCGCUUAUGCAUCAAUUCUAAGCCGGAGCACUUCCAAGAGUCAAGGCUAUCUAUCCCGACUGUUCGAUGUUUAUUGUUCUUCAAAUUUGGACCAAGGGAACCAUACACUUGGUUUGAUCUUUCAUUCAUCUUUCAGGUCUUCAAACUUCUCAGAGUGUUAGAUUUAAGCCAAAUAAAUCUAGGAGCUACUCUUCCUAGAGAAAUAGGGUCGCUUGUUCAGUUGAGAUACUUGGCAGUUCUUGGUAAUAUGAAGUCCAUCCCAUCAUCCAUAACCAAUCUCUCGAAUUUGGAAACUCUUAUUCUGGAAAUAUAUGGUUGGCUGAUUUCUUUGCCGGAUACUAUAUGGAAUAUGAAAAGGCUAAGGCAUUUACAUUUGAAGGACGAAAGCCUAACGGGAGGUUUCGAUUUGCCCAUGGAAAAUCUUGACAACUCUUCACAGUUGUGCAAUUUGGACACUUUCUCCUGGGUAAGCCUUUCUUCUUGGGAAAACAUGGACAAGAUACUCAGAAAAAUUCCAAACAUCCGCAAACUGAAAUGCAGGCUCGUUGUAGAUUGUGAUCCUGCUAAGGAGGGUAGCUACAGGAUUCUAGUACUUGACUUUCUAGGUCAACUAGAAUCGCUCAAUCUAAGACUCAGAACAGAAAUUGACGAGCGCUAUCCCUUUGAGUUCCAUUUCUCUUUGACUAUUAAAAAAUUGACUCUCUCUUGCUUUUGCUUGCCUUGGAGUGAUAUAUCUGCAAUUGCAGAUCUACCCAAUCUUCAGGUUCUCAAAUUGCUCGAGCAAACCUUUGUCGGGGAAGAAUGGAACAUGAAAGAAGAGGAAUUCCCCAAACUUCAAUUCUUGAAAUUAGCUUCGUUGGACAUUGUCAAAUGGACUGCCCUGGAGUGCGAGAACAGUUUUCCUCGUCUGCAGAAACUGGUAUUGGAAAACUGUUAUAAUUUGGUGGAGAUACCAUCUUCUUUGGGAAAUGUUUCAACUCUUGACAUAAUUGAGCUGUCUGAUUGUCCCAGCUGUGCAAGUUCAGUAAAUGAAAUUCAAGAAGAACAAAUCAGCAUGGGAAACACUGAUUUCAAGGUUAUUUCAUCCUCAAGGGAUGUACUUUCUUUGUAUAUUUCUGAAUUACUUUCGUCGUCAGACAUGCAUUAAAUCGUUACACUAAUAUACAUAUAUACCAAAAAGUUGUAAUCCAAAUGUCCAAAAAUGGGUGGCAAGUGGCUACCAUUAUUUCCGGGGCCAUGCAAUUUGGCACACUAUCCCAUUACCACCUCUUUUUUUUCAUUCUUCCAUUUUUGCAGAGAAUUAUCACCUCUAUUAGUUCUUCAUUCUUGAGCGGGUAAUCAGCGUUACCGAUCGGGAGCAAAGUCUUUCGCAGCGGUCCCCAAUUAAGGGGCCUGCAUGUGGUUUUACCUUUUGCAGACGGCCCAGCAUCCAAUUGAGAUCCAUCUCUACGAAAAUGUAUUGGCAAGAAGUACUUGGGAAUGGGAGGUACAUACUCACAUUCACGCCUAGAUACCUAUCGCUAAUGGGACCCUUUUGAGUCUGGUAGCAUCACAUUCUUCUUAAUCUUCGGGGCUUGGGACCAAAUUUUUGGUAGCCCUCCCACAGGGCUAUGUUAGUACUAUCUUUAGCACACUCCCACAGGGCUGGAUCAUGGAACUAAAGUAUUUUCCAUAUAAGCUUCGACUUGACAUGCCAGUAUUCCAAUUUAUUUGAACUUAACAUCCGAGCUAGUAAAAUCUCUGACUAAGCACACAAUCAAGAAGAAAAUGGACAGCAGAAUGAAAAGCAGGUGUUUGGUAUUCAACGGACAUUAAACCAAGUUUGCUAUUACCCAUUGAAGUUUUGCUAGGAAAAGGUGCAGCAAGAUGGACCUUGAAUUAGCAUGUAGCUUCCUAUUUCAUCUAUCAACAUCUGAUUAAGUGCAAAAUUAAAACUAAUAAGAGUGCCCACUGGAGAAAGAAGGUAUUGAACAUAGAACCUUUACAAGUAUAUAUAUGAAAGUCGGACUUAGUAACUGCAGCUUAGAUAACAUCCAUGCAGAGACAGAAAGGAGAGAGAUUAAUCCGUUCCAACCCAGUUAUCUUGCUUAAGAAAGUACUCAGAAUCUUUGCAAUGAAAGUGAAAUGUUUAAUUAGAAAGAGCUUGUGGUCAAAUAUAACUUCGACACCCUUUUCUAUUUGCAUGUAGCCUCCUGUUUGAUCAACAAAUUUUGGAUCAAUACUUCUGAAAGCAUCUUUUGUGACAUUGCAAUUGAAUAAGCUACUAGGCAAGUUAUUUGUGUCAUAAAAAUUGGAUAUAGACAAGGAAAGUUUCAGACUAAGCCCAGCAAGUUAGUAGACCAAAUCAUUUAUAAUGAAUAGGACUCACCAGCUUUGCAGUUUGUAGUGCAUUGCUCAUCUGGCAUGCAGGAUUUCAAUCAGAAUGCUAUCAAUCAUACUUGUUUGUGAGAUUGAUAGAAUGCUCUAGCACAUUAGAUG